CGUGGGCAUGGGGCAGGGCACGGCCACAGAGAGCCCUCUUGGCCAUGGGGCAGGGCAUGGCCAUAGGGACCCCUCUUGGCCAUGACCUUGGUGACCAUAGCCCUGGGUCAAGGCGUCCCCACAAGGAGCCCCCACCUCUUCCUGCAGGCAUUGAAACUGCAGAAGCUCCUGCCCCACAUCGUGUGCCGGCUCCGGGAUGCUGAGGACGAGCUCAGGAUAAAGGCCCUGAUGAUCAUAUGGAAUGUGAUGGGUCAACUCCCGAGUGAGGAGGCCAGCCCCAUUGCCGUGGGGCUGGUGCAGGACCUCUGGCCCCUCUUUGAUGGAGGAUGCAGCCGGCUCCGGGAGCUCUCCAUCCGCCUGUUCCAGUUCCUGCUGGAGUUGGUGUUUGGUGGCGACAGGAGGAGGAUGCAGAGCGAAACCUGGGAUCUGCUGCUCCCGCUCUUCAUCCACAUGAGCGACCAAAGCCACCGUGUGGCCGAGGUACAGACACCCCCCCGCCCCGGGUAUCCCACAUUCCCGAGGGUGGGAUCAACCCCAAGGUGCCAUCUCCCAUCCCAUCCUGUGCAGGCUUCCUGGGAAGCUCUCCUUGAUGCGGCGACGCUCCUGGAAUGGAAAGAGCUUCGGCGCCUAUUGAAGACAAGGCAGACGUGGAGGGUAGCAGAGUGCUUGGUAUGGGCCCUUCAUCCAUUCCUGUUCCCAUUGGAACCCCUUGCACCGCUCUGCUCAUUCCACAUGCGGAUGGGAAAGGGAGCGUUGGGACUGCUCCAGCCAAUGGGGGCGUUCUGUAGCAUCCCAUUCCUUCUGCAGCUGGAGUGGAGCAGGAAGAGGGCUCAGGGAUACCUGGACCAGAGCCUGCGGUACCUGCAGGAUGCUCAGGUCCCCUUGCAAGAGGCGGUUAUCGUUUAG